AGAGCGCACGAAGGAGAGACCAACAGAGUCAGACCGACCCGCAGCCAGUCCACUCACUGAUGCCCUGAUCCUUCCCCAGAAACGCAGCGACUGUACCUCUCUGAACUAUACGCAUCUCAGCGUUAACUCACUGUUUAACACUCGCAACAUCUGGAGGAGGACUGGCAAAGCUGCCCGCAGCUGCACGUUUCCCCCUUUUUGUUUCUUUUCUUUCUUUUUCGUGCGCGACCAGGAGAAAGUGCCGCGUCCGUGAAAUUAUAAGUUGAAAGAAGAGACAGUUGCUUGACGGAGAAAAAAAAAAGAAGUAUCGCUUUGAGUACAAGGACCACUAACAGGGAGGUGAAUGGACCUCCAUCGCCCCUUCAAGAUGGACAGCCCCUCCUACCUGCCAGCUCCACUGGCCUCCCCCGCCCUGAUGGUCCUCGCCUCCACUGCCGAAGCUGGCCGAGAUGCCUCUGUCCCCUGCCAGGCUCCCAGGCCCUUCGGUGUCCCUGCCUCCGUGGAGAAAGACCUCCACCUCCCCUUCCCCUCAGCGUCUUACACGUUCACCUCCAUGUAUCAGCGCCAGGGCCCCAUGUCAGGCACCUUUCCCUCCCGAGACUUCCCAGCCUCAUUGCUCCACCUGCACCCCCAGUUCACCCCACCAAACCUGGACUGCUCCACCCUGAGCAUGCUCAACCACAGCGGGGUGGGCGCCUUCCGACCUUUCUCCUCCCCACAAGAGGAGAGGGAAUCGGCGGUUUACCAGUCGGCAUUCACCCCUGCUAAGAGGCUGAAAAGCUGUUUCCCGGAGGUGGAGGGGAAGGAGUUUGACUUUGGCUCCCCGGGAGGCUCCCUCAAAGCUGGGGAGGACUCAGGGAGAAAGCUGUUCUCCAUGUCUGGCCUGCUGUCUGAUGGAGAGGCUUCAUCAAGCCCAGAGGAGCGCAAAGAGCACAGCAAAGUGAAGGGUCUUUAUGACGCUCAGGCCCCAAUGUGUCCAGUCUGUCAGGCUAUUCUGCGACCAGGAGAGCUGCAGGACCACAUGGAGCAGGAGCUGACCAAACUCGCCCAGCUACAAAUCAGCGCUACUCCAGUGCAGCACGACCACCUCAUAAGGACGCCAAAGUCUCUCUCGCUCUCUCUUCAUAUCAAGCGCGAAGGAGGUUCUCCCACCUCACCUCCACGACCGUCUGAGGACACCCACUCUGACCGAUACCAGACGUUUCUCCGUGUGCGGGCCAACAGACACACCAGACUAAAUGUCGAUGACCUCUGCUGGUGCAGGUGCUACGUCAAAUCUGCCCCAUUACGCCCCCACAGCGCAGGAGCCCACCUAGACUGCACACAAGCUGUCAGGAUUGGGAAGCUGAAGAGGAGGAAACCAGAAGAUGGACAGGAGGGUUCAGCAGACUUGGCUCCAUUGGAGGACGAGUGGAAUGAGAGGAGAAGGAUACAGAUGACAUCUAUUGUCGGAGGGUUUAAAGGUGCAGUCCUGGUGAGCACAACUUCUAAGGAGUGUCGAGACAGCGAUGCAGACCUGGAUGUGGAUGGAGAUGAUACUCUGGAGUAUGGCAGGGCGCAAUACACAGAGACAGAUGUCAUCCCCUGCUCAGGAGAAAGCUCCAAGGAAACAGCGGUGAACAGCAGCAGCAGCAGCAGCACGUUGCCUGACUCCAGAGUCAACCUAGAGUUUUCCAAAUGGUCAAAUGACGGGAGUCCAUCUACCAGCAGUGGAGAGAAAGUGGACGGCAGCAUAGCUGGUCUCCCCAAAACCUGCAAAAACACUGAGAUAGAGACGCUCUCAGAGGACUCCACGCUGACAACUCUGGAUGCACUUAAAGCUCGGAUACGGGAUUUGGAAAAACAGUUGUCUAAAGGAGACAGAUUUAAAUGCCUCAUCUGCAUGGACACGUACACGACUCCUCUCACCUCCAUCCAGUGUUGGCAUGUUCACUGUGAGGAGUGUUGGCUUCGAACGCUGGGUGCAAAGAAGUUGUGUCCUCAGUGCAACACGAUCACUUCACCUGGCGACCUAAGGCGGGUCUUCCUGUGAUGCAGCCGCUCACAAAACGACUGAAGGGGCUUCUUCUAUUUUAACCAAUCAGGGGUGGACUUGUGGGCAGCUGGCCUGUCAUAGACUCCCACCCUCCUCUUCCUCCUCACACCUUCCUGGUCCUAACUGUUCGUCAGUGUAUUCCUAACAUCCACUAACCUCUGAAGAACAGCAAGUGUGACCUUUGACCUUCCUUCACAGCCCUGUACAAUAUCCAUGUUCCUGCUGCAACACAGACCAGAUCAGAAGAAGCAUCUAAAAACCAACUGAGAGCUCAGGCACUGAAAAGUAAUUUGAGUUUAAAAAAAAAAUGCUUUGGGACAAUAUUUAUCGAUUUUCUAAUCUUUUUCUGUUUUAUGAGGGGAAAAAAAUAGUCUUAUCACAUGCAAAGCACAUGUACAUAGUUUUGUGUAUGUCUGGAUUGGUGUGUGUGUGUAUAUGAUGUUGACUAGCAGAACAACCCAACUGUAUUUACUGUACAGAGUUUGUCUUUGCUUAGAUCAUUUAUUAUUUGUUUAGCUCUGGUAGGUUGGAAACAUUUACAAUAAUCUCAUCACAUUCAGGCUCAUUUUGUCUUUGUCAUUGAUGUGUUUCUUUGUAUAGGAUCAUUAAAUCUAAUUUUAUCAAUGUUACUACAAUAAAACG